AUGCAAAUUCCAAAAUGUCCACUGCAGAGGACACUGGCUGAACACAAAAUAAUUGAGAAGUCUCUCCCCGCUGAGCAUAAAAAUGUGUCUUUUCCCCCCAACAAACAAACAAAAAACAGACCAAAUAUUGAAUCCAUGUCGAUGCGUUUUGGCAUGAUGAAAGAUCACCAAUCGACCAUCGGAGCUGUCAUGGCAUUUGAUGGCUCAAUACUCUACCUUCCUCUGAAACUCAAGGAUGAGGUGGUUCUCAAGAGUGUCAGACGAACUGACAAUGAGGAAAUCCAAAUAAAAAUUCAGAUGACAAAGAUUUUGCCGCCCAACUCUGAUCAAUGCAUUCCUCUGUACAAUGUUGUACUCAGGAGGGUCAUGAAAAUACUUGGACUGAAGCUAGUAGGGAGGAAUCAUUAUGAUCCAGAAAGUGCUGUACUUCUUGGAAAACAUCGCCUGCAGGUGUGGCCAGGCUAUUCAACAAGUAUCAAACAAACAGAUGGAGGCCUGCAUCUGUGUGUGGAUGUGUCUCACAAAGUCUUGCGUAAUGACUCUGUGCUGAAUGUCAUGAACAUUCUAUACCAACAAAGCAAAGAGAAAUUCAGAGAUGAAUGUACCAAAGAACUCGUGGGUAGCAUCAUCAUCACCCGAUACAACAACCGCACCUAUCGCAUUGAUGCCAUCGAGUGGGACAAGUCACCCAAAGACACCUUCACCCUGAUGGAUGGCACAAAAACUACAUUUGUGGACUACUACCGCAAGAACUAUGGGAUUACUAUCAAAGAGCUGGACCAACCUCUUCUCAUGCAUCAUCCAAAGGAGCGGUCUAAACCAGGCGGAAAGCAAGUCAUUACUGGAGAGAUCCUCAUAGUCCCAGAACUUUCCUACAUGACCGGGAUCCCAGAAAACAUGAGGAAAGAUUUCAGAGUGAUGAAGGACCUGACCAUGCACAUCAAUGUAAAUGGUGAGCAGCACACUCAAUCAAUAAAGCAACUUCUGAAGAACAUUAGCACCAACCCUGAGAGUCAGAAGGAAGUCACCCAAUGGGGCUUGGAAUUUGUCUCAGAAAUUCUUCUGGUGAAAGGUAGAACUCUUCCCCUUGAAACAAUCUGUGUUCAGAGUUCAUCAUUUACCAGUGGAGCUGAUGGGUCUUUUUCCAGAGACGUCGUCAGGUUAGCCUCCAUCAGCUCUAUACCGCUGAAAAUGUGGGCCAUCUUCUACCCUCGUCGCUGUGCAGAACAAGCUGAAGAGUUGAUUGUGACCUUCAAAAAGGUGGGUGGACCUCUUGGGGUGCAAGUGGAUCGUCCAAUGUGUGUGGAGCUGAGGGAUGAUCGUACAGAAACCUAUGUCAAGAGCAUCCACUCCCAGCUCAGUAGUGAGCCUAAUUUGCAGCUUGUAGUGUGCAUCCUGGUAGGGAACAGAAAUGAUCUCUACAGUGCCAUCAAGAAGCUUUGCUGUGUUCAAAGUCCCAUACCAUCUCAGGCCAUCAAUAUCCGGACAAUUUCCCAACAACAGAAGUUGAGAAGUGUCGCUCAAAAGAUUCUCCUGCAGAUAAACUGCAAAGUAGGAGGAGAACUAUGGACUGUUAAUGUCCCCUUGAAAAACCUAAUGGUGGUGGGAGUUGACGUCCAUCACGACACCAGCAAGGCUCGCCAAUCUGUCAUGGGAUUUGUUGCAAGCAUCAACAGUGCACUGACUCGCUGGUACUCCAGAGUAACUUUUCAGACACCCAAUGAUGAACUCAUCACUGGCUUCACUGUUUGCUUAUUGGCUGCACUGCACAAGUACCAUGAGGUGAACCACAACCUGCCGGAAAGGAUUGUAGUGUAUCGGGAUGGCGUGUCUGACGGACAGCUCAAGAUGGUUGAGCAAUUUGAAAUCCCACAGCUAAUCAAAUGCUUUGAGAGAUUCCCCAGCUAUGAACCAAAGCUUGUCUUCAUCGUUGUUCAAAAGCGAAUCAACACUACCCUAUAUUCAUGGGUUGAUAACACCUUUGGCAUACCUUCACCUGGAACUGUUUUGGAUCACACGCUCACUCACAAUGAAUGGGUGGACUUCUAUCUGAUGGCGCAUCAUAUUCGUCAGGGUUGUGGCUUGCCUACGCACUACAUUACUCUGUACAACACUGCAAACCUCUUGCCAGACCAUCUGCAAAGGCUGACCUUCAAGAUGUGCCAUUUGUACUGGAACUGGCCGGGCACUAUCCGUGUUCCAGCACCGUGCAAAUACGCACACAGACUGGCUUACCUGUCAGGCCAGUACCUGCAUUCUGAACCAGCCAUCCAGCUGGCUGACAAGCUAUUUUUUCUCUGAAUAAAAGCACAUUUGUGCUUUAGGCUUUAAACAUGAGUACUCUUCUACUCCGUUGAUGGGUUGGUUUCUUUGUUUUUUAGAUUUGAUGGUGGUCUUCUUUGUUUUUUAGAUUUGAUGGUGGUCUUCUUUGUUUUUUAGAUUUGAUGGUGGUCUUCUUUGUUUUGUAGAUUUGAUUAUGGUCUUAGUAAAUAGUUUUGUUGUUCUUAUACUGUAUGUUCAAAACAAAUGUCUUACCCUGUAAUAAUAAACCAAAUACUAUUGUGUUCUGUUUAUCUGGUAGUAUAAACUAUUGUUGAGUGUGCUGUAAUUAAAAAAGGUUUUUUAA